ACUGGUGAAGAAUGGGGGAGAUAGAAGGAACAUACAGAGUUCUGCAGACUGCUGGAACACGCUUGGGCGCCCAGACCCUUGUGGGAGUUAGCACCCUUGAGCCUGGGCAGAGGCUCUCACCCAGAAUGCUGGAGAAGUGCCUGCACAUCAGAGUGGAGCUGCUGGACAACACCGUAGAAGUAUUCGACAUUGAGCCUAAAAGUGAUGCCCAGGUGUUAUUGACACAAGUGUGGAAGCGUUUGAAUCUGAUAGAAUGUGACUACUUUGGCCUGGAAUUUCAAAGCAUCCACUCCUACUGGGUAUGGCCAAAGAAUGCACUGCUUCGCCUAGCUGUAAAAUUUUUCCCACCUGAUCCUGGUCAAUUGCAAGAAGAAUAUACAAGAUAUUUGUUUGCCUUGCAACUUAAGAGAGACCUGCUGGAAGAGCGUUUGACCUGCGCCGACACAACAGCAGCCCUCCUCAUGUCCCAUCUUCUGCAGUCGGAAAUAGGAGAUUAUGAUGAAACCCUGGAUCGAGAGCACCUCAAAGCCAACGAGUACUUGCCCAGCCAGGCACACUCUGUUGAGAAAGUACUAGAAUUCCAUCGGAAGCACACAGGCCAGACGCCCGCCGAGUCUGAUUUCCAGGUGCUUGAAAUUGCUCGAAAGUUGGAAAUGUACGGCAUCAGAUUUCACACAGCUUGUGACAGGGAGGGGACCAAGAUUAACCUGGCAGUUUCCCACAUGGGUGUCCUUGUGUUCCAGGUAACGAAGCUGAAAUACAAAGUGUUCACAGGGUUGAAAGACUUUCCUAGGACAUCGCCAGUAAAUAAAGGACCUUACCAGGACACCUUGGAAUUUUUGUUGGGUAGUAGAGAUGAAUGUAAGAACUUCUGGAAGAUUUGUGUGGAGUAUCACACCUUUUUUAGACUUUUUGAUCAACCUAAGCCAAAAGCAAAAGCCAUCUUCUUCAGUCGGGGGUCCUCCUUCAGAUACAGUGGAAGAACUCAGAAACAACUAGUAGAUUGUGUCAAGGAGGGUGGGAUGAAGAGAGCUCCAUACGAAAGAAAGCACAGCAAGACUCGGAUAUCUAUCCAUGCUCUGACUGCAGACCAGCCAAAACAGAGCAUCUCAUUCACUGAGGGAUGGAGGACUUCUGCCUCCCCAUCUUCAGCAAAUGCCUCCUCUUAUCUGUUCCCUACCUCUGCUUUGACCACCCCUGGCCUGCUCGACUUCAAGGACAGCAGCGGCUCCCUUAUGGAUUCCCAGGUUUCCUAUGUCAAGAGUCCAGCUGCAGAGAGGAGCAGCAGAGCAGCGGCUGAAGGCCCUGACACGCAAUCGGCCCAGACCUCUGGGCCCCCCACGCUCCAGCCUGUUCCAGGUGUCAGGUUUUGUCAUGUUGUGAGCAGUUGUGGUUCCAUCUGUCCUUCAGGGCAGAGUCUCAGUGCCUUAGACCUAGAUGCAGGGAGGGCUGACGGGGAGCACAGAACUGCUGGUAAAAAUGACAAUGGUGAGGAUGACUUUACCACAGGCUUGUUCCAUCCCAGUGGGGAGCACUGGUGUGACCGGCAGUGCCGAGGGGGUGGCCCUGUUUUCACAUUGACAAAUACUCAGCUGCAGGUCUCUGAAGAGUUCAUAGAUGAUGAUCCAGCAGACAUCUCUUUCUUUGCUGGAGGCUCUGAGGCAUUCUCUUUCCCAUACAGCUCUUUAAUCUCACAGGAACCUCGGGUACCUGCCCAGCCCACCGCAUCCCCUCCUUUGUGUGGUCCAGAUGCCUUCCGGCAUCCGGAGUCUGCUCAGUCCAGCCCAGACAGGUACUCCACUGAGGCAGUAGACAUGAACGUAGAAGACGAUUUUGAAUUUGAGGAAGAAAGUGACUUCAAUGGCAAUGUGCACCCCUCAGACACCUCCGAGCUCUUUGAGGUGAAGGCACAAGCAAGCCUGAUGCAGAGCCUGUUGAGUCCUUCUGAGACUAGCUCUCUUAGGAACAAUCAGUCUGAAAACAGCUCCCUCAAUAACAUGCCGCUGCAUGGCGGGCUCUCUUCGCACAUGUCCAGCUCGGCCAAUCAGUCUGAGGCCAGCUCUAUGGUCAACUUCCCAGCCUACUCAGUCCGGUCAGAAUCCAGCUCAGCCUUCCAGUUCUCUGACAUCAUCGACCAGUUAGAGCAGCUCAGCUACCCGCCCACAACAGCUGAGGACUCCAGCAGCACAGACACAGAUUCGUGGGACUCCGAGGCUGAGGCCCCCCUAGACGUGAGCCUUUUCUUCAGCAACUCUUUCGCACAGACAAGUGGAGAGAGAGUCACUUUCGAUUUACAGAACAAUUUAAAGAAUCUGACUCCAGGAGAGCAGAUAGAUAAAAACCCAUCUUGACCAUUCCAGGUUCCUUUACAAGGUGACCCACCCACCUACUCUGUGUAGUUAGAGCUCAGAAUUGUUUGGGUUAGACAUAGGAAGUGAUUUUGAGUUCAUGGCUAGAUAUUCUAUUUUUUUCUAACUCUCGGAUUUAUUACAUUAUUUUUUUGAAUGUCAAUUAAAACUUUCACUUGGAAUGAUGUUAAAAGCUGUGCAUCCAGUUUAAAAUAGAUGAGUAUUUCCAGCUAAUCCUCCUAGAAAGCUGAUAAAUUAUGUAGCUUUAUUUUUUGACAUGUGUUUUGAUUCAAUUACAAACUGGUGCUAUACAUUUUGAAUGUUACUCAGUUCUGAUUCAUGUUGGUCUUUACUAGAAUAAGUGUAUUAUACCUAUUAAUGCUGCUUUGAAGAGGUGAGCCAUGCUGCCCAUGAUUAAUUAGAACAGAGGUUAUGUCUGAUUUGUGCAGUCGGUGCACUGCACAGAAUCUCAACUGUGCCUUCACCGAAUCCUAACCCUGGGAAAGGCACGUAGAGGCUGCAGCCUCCUGCCUGCCAGGAUUUCCAGCUGCACUGGGGGAUAGAUAGGUGGUGUCCCUGGAAUUGUCCC